AGGGGGGGAGAGGGAUAUCCCAGUAAAUAGAGCCGAGCUAAGCAUGAAGCUGAUCUCCCUUUUCAACUGUGCAGGUUUCCCACAGACCUUGGAUUCAGCCACUACUUUAUUUUCCAGGAAGAAUUUCUGUUUCACGUAAUGUGCUGCAGUUCUUUGUCUGGAGGUGAAAACCAAAGAAGGCUUCAAAAUACCUGAGCAUAACGUUUGAUUUGUUUAACCUGAAACUACGCUGCGGUUAAAUGUAGGAUUGUCUCAGUUUUGAGACUGAGCAGUUCAUCUUGGGAAACCUUCGUUUCUGGGCUUCUUUUGAGACUUCCAGUAAAUCACUAUCUGUGUUGUAACCGUGUGAAAUUAAUUCAGUAGGCAGGUGGCCGAAGAACUUGAUCCUGCAUAAUCUUACGUAUGCGAUUAAGUCUGUGUGCCUGGAUGAAUACGACCAGUGGGACAAACUGUGCAAAGCUAAGCACUUCUGGAUGUGAUUGUAGAGGCUGAUACAAUGUAGGGGGGAAAAGCAAACUUGAGAAAAAGACCACAGCGGAAAUGUAGUUUUAUGUCUGGAGUCUUGCAUAGGGGUAGAGAGAGGGAAGGAGUUGGGGGUGGGUAGGAGUAGAAUACCAGCCAUCUGAAGUUUGUGUUGCAAUAUGGUUUUUAGACCUGUGUGUAAAUUUGGGGACUUGGGGGUCAGGAUCCUCCAUCUUAUCUUUGUCUGGAGAUGCGGGCUUGUGGGGGGAGGAGCUGGAUACUGGUUUAUCCUCUUUUCUCAUCUCUUUGGGUUGAAUUUGGAAUAGCAAGGUAGAGGUAACAGACUCUAGACCUGAUUCAGAAUCUAGUGAAAAUUUCAGACUCCCACAAAUCCAAAUGGGCUUUGAUCCAGGCAAAUCCAGUUGCUCAUUUCCCCCUAGAUUUUAAGCUAGCAUGUGAUAUUAAUACUGGAAGAAUGCACUGCAGUAUUUGUUGGCUUCAGUGGGAAUUCAAAGCACUGGCUUUAACCUGCAAAAUUCUGAAUGUUUUGGAGCUGCUAGCAUGAGACAUCAUCUCUUUGUCACAUUGCCAUCCAUGAGAUCACCAGAGACACUCCAAGCUGGUGAGCGCUCAGUGUGAACCAGAUGUCUGCUGAGAACCUGCCUCUGUGAGGGCCUUAGCAUCUGGAUCUUCAUCUUGAUCUCUUUGUGCCCCACUCUGUCAAACUUUCAUCCAAUUUACAAAGCCUGUCAAGAAAAUUGUGAGCUGAGUACUGCCUGUCAGGACAUCCAACCUUACCAUGCAAUGUACUCAAGUUCAAAUCCACCACCAUCAUGUUGGACUGCGGACUGGAUAUGACAUCUACUCUCAACUUCCUUCCGUUGCCACUGGUUCAGAGCCCCAGGCUGUCCAAACUUCCUGGUUGGGUUUUGAAAGAUGGAAGCACAUUUCUGGACAAGGAACUAAAGGAGUGCUCUGGUCAUGUGUUUGUAGACUCUGUGCCUGAGUUCUGUUUACCAGAGACUGAGCUGCUUGACCUCUCCACCGUAGAUGUAAUCUUGAUCUCAAACUAUCACUGCAUGAUGGCAUUGCCCUAUAUCACGGAGUACACAAGAUUCACUGGAACAGUAUAUGCCACUGAACCCACUGUUCAAAUUGGCAGACUUCUCAUGGAAGAACUGGUGAAUUGCAUUGAGCGUGUGCCAAAGGAUCAGUCUGCCUUCAUGUGGAAGAACAAGGAGGUACAGAGACUGCUGCCCGCCCCUCUGAAGGAUGCAGUGGAGGUGUCUAUGUGGAGGAAGUGCUACACCAUGCCAGAAGUGAAUGCUGCACUCAGUAAGAUCCAGAUGGUGGGGUAUUCUCAGAAAAUUGAGCUGUUUGGUGCUGUGCAGGUCACCCCUCUGAGCUCAGGCUAUGCUCUUGGAAGUUCCAAUUGGAUUAUCCAGUCACACUAUGAGAAGGUUUCCUACGUCUCAGGAUCUUCUCUACUUACAACACACCCUCAGCCCAUGGACCAGGCUUCUCUUAAAAAUAGUGAUGUUCUCAUCCUGACGGGUCUUACACAAAUCCCUACUGCUAACCCAGAUGGCAUGGUAGGAGAGUUCUGCAGCAACUUGGCUAUGACAGUCCGGAAUGGAGGAAAUGUGCUGGUUCCCUGUUACCCCUCUGGAGUAAUAUACGAUCUACUGGAGUGCUUGUACCAGUACAUUGACUCUGCCGGACUCUCCAAUGUCCCUUUUUAUUUCAUUUCGCCUGUUGCCAACAGCUCCCUCGAGUUCUCCCAGAUCUUUGCUGAAUGGUUGUGUCAUAACAAACAAACAAAGGUAUAUCUUCCAGAACCUCCUUUUCCCCAUGCAGAGCUCAUUCAGACAAACAAAUUGAAACAUUAUCCCAGCAUCCAUGGAGACUUCAGCAAUGACUUCAAGCAGCCGUGUGUUGUGUUCACUGGACAUCCCUCUCUUAGAUUUGGGGAUGUGGUUCAUUUCAUGGAGUUAUGGGGAAAAUCUAGCUUGAACACUGUUAUAUUCACGGAACCCGAUUUCUCUUAUCUGGAUGCCCUGGCUCCUUAUCAACCUUUGGCGAUGAAAUGUGUUUACUGUCCCAUUGACACAAGACUGAAUUUCAUUCAGGUGUCUAAAUUACUCAAAGAAGUCCAGCCUCUCCAUGUAGUUUGCCCAGAGCAGUACACCCAGCCACCACCCACCCAGUCUCAUCGCACAGAUCUGAUGAUAGACUGCCAGCCCCCGCCAAUGUCCUACCGCCGAGCAGAGGUGCUGACCCUUCCGUACAAGCGGCGCUAUGAGAAGAUUGAAAUCAUGCCAGAACUUGCAGAUUCGCUUGUGCCCUUGGAGAUUAAGCCUGGUAUUUCCUUAGCAACAGUUACUGCCGUCUUGCAUACUAAAGACAACAAGCAUGUGCUGCAGCUCCCUCCAAAACCUCUGCAACCUCCCGCCAGCAAGAAGAGAAAGCGAGUGAGUGAUGACGUGCCGGAGUGCAAACCUUUGAAGCCAUUGCUGAGCGGCUCCAUUCCUGUGGACCAGUUUGUGCAGAUGCUUGAGAAGCAUGGUUUCAGUGACGUGAAGGUGGAGGACACAGCCAAGGGCCACAUCGUACUCCUACAGGAGGCAGAAACCCUCAUUCAGAUUGAGGAGGACUCCACACACAUCAUCUGUGACAACGAUGAACCUUUGAGGGUGAAACUCCGUGACCUGGUUCUCAAAUUCCUGCAGAAAUUUUAGCUCGUGGACACCAUGCUGCUCUGCGAGGAGACAUCUCAGAGCACCAUUGCCAAGAGCUUUCCAAAAGGUGACCCCAGGGAGAGAGAGACAUUCUUGGAGAAGCAAGGAAGUAUUUUUAUUAUCUAUUUUUUUAAUUUUAUUUUUAACUGGUUUUGGAAUAUUUUGGAGGGGAUUUUUGUUCUGUAAAAUUGGGAGUUGGAAUCUUAUAGGAGAUACGAACUGCAGAGUAAAUAAAUAGAGUGUGUAUUUACAAGGUCAUGGUGAAAUUGUGUGCAGAUGCAGACAUUUCUCUAUCUGACCCUCUCUGCAACGUAUGGCCCCAGUCCUUUACCUGGGAAGACUGUAGGAAUAUAGAAACAAUGGCCUUAGAUAUUGUAAGAUUUAUUUUUUUCCCCACUGUUUCUUCCCAGUCACCAAAUCCAGUUUCCUGUCUGUCUUCCAUGUACGUUGUGCAUGUGUAUUUCACAGGCAAAAAGAAGAGAAGAAUGAGAAAGCUGGAAAGGCAAAGGUUAUAAAAAUAAAAAUAGAAAAAGGGGGAUAUGCUGGACAUGUAGAACAGCUUCAAAGUGGCAAGAGCCUGGCCAUUCCUUGCAAAAGCAGGAGGAUUUUGGAAAGGCUAGAAGCUUUAGCAACGCAAGUUGUUUAUUGACGCUGCACCCCCACCUUUUAUGACCACAUUUGUCCACCUAGCUCUAGGCUCUUCACUGAGACUUGCAAAAGCCUGGUUACUUCUGGGUUCCUCCAUCAUCAGUGGAGGAAGUAUCUCAGGAAGGCACUUGCAAAAGUACAUAAGGUACUUGAAAAGAAGUAGUUAAACUCGCAGUGCUCAUGAAAAACCUUUGAGAUUUAGGUGCCUCUUGUUUCUACCUUCCAAAAACCUGUCCUUUCAGCCCCCACAAUCCCAAAUCCUGGUUGAAAUACUGAGUCGUUUAUACAAAGCCAUCUGUACUGCAGACCUGGGGAGGUUUUUCACUCCCCAAAUCAUCUAUUUGGGGCCUAAAGUUAGUUAAUGGCAUUGCUUUUAAAAGCAACCGAUUUCUCAGAUUUACUGCUGUUUGUUGUUAUUGGAUUGUUUUGUAUUUAUUUGGUGUUAAAAAUAAAAAGCAUAGUAAGACUGCCAA